GUAAACAACUUUAUGCUAUGCUAGCUUUGCUUGAGCACUCGUCCUAGAUCAGAAUCUAGACUUCUCUUUCUCUUGUUUGGCCAACUUAUUAAGUUCUUUUCUUUAUUGAAUUCUUCUCCCUGCAAUGCCAGGAACCAUCCUGGUUUCAGUACUGGAAUUCAUGGAUCUUCCGUUAUCAUCAUCAACAUCCAUAAGGGUUUCCUUGGGGAAAAUAGAGUACCCAAUCAGUGACAAGGGAAACUUUUCCUUCCCAUUAACUAGCCUCCGUGAUGAUUUGAUUUUUAAAAUUCAGGAUAUUGAGGGGAAUGAAAUAUCACGUGCAGGUGUUCAUAUCAGGUUGAUAUUAGAGAAAGGUGUUUGGGAAGACACCUUUCCCCUUGGGGCCGGGCACUUGCAUUUGAAGUUGCAAUUCAUCCUUAAUGAUGAAGAGCGUGACAGAAUUCGUAUAAUGAGGCAAUCUGCAUUAAAGAAAAAACAUAAUGAGCUUCUUAGUAGAAGUCAAAGAGGUGCAGAACGUGACAGUAGUACUGUUAUUGACAAUGCUGCAUUACCCUUCAGCUCAAAUGAUGAGGUCUCAGUUUUUGAAUGCGGUCCUACAUUCCCUCAAAGGCUUUUUCCUGAUGUUUUAAGUGCUCCAUCUUCUCAAGAAUGGCCAAUGAAACACCCUCAAAUAGAAGGAGUUUCUCGAUUAGAAAGUCCUGUUGGUUUCUUCGAUGACAAAGAAUCUGCUACUGGAAAUGUAGUUGGGGCUCAGCUUGACCAGAAGCAGCUAAACACAAACAUUGCAGAUCAAUAUAAGGAGACCUCACCAUCAAAACCUGUGUCAGAACCAGCCAAUCAGUCACCACCUGAGAAACAACCUCAGAGAGUUAUUGCUUCAGAAGAAAUGGGAAUUUGGCUAGGCUCGGGAGAAAUAGAUAAUGUGACAAAUAAUUUGAUACAACCUAAACAGGAGGAAGAUGGUGUUCAAUAUUCUGAGAAGAAGAGCUCACUGAGGAGAACUCCCAGUAAUGUUAGGAAAAUGAUAAGUGCUUUUGAAUGUGGUAUGGCUCAGGAUAAGAGAUCUCAUAUUAAACCACCUCCAACGAAAUAUCAAGAGAGUAAAACUGAAACAAAAGAUUCUUCCAAGACUGAGCAUUUGGAGCAAGAUGAGUCAUGGAACAUAGAACCAGCAGGUUUCUUACAAGAAAGGGUGGAAAGUGCCCUAGAAGGUUCAUAUGAAUUACGUAUUCACAGGGAUUCACCACAAAAACUGGAUUCAGUGGGGCACUUUGACAACAACUAUUAUUCUUAUGAAAGUUCUGGGGUUUGGAUAUUCCCAGAUGAACUAAGAAAGAUUUGUAUAACAACUAGUGGUAAAAGUGUAAUGAGUAUAGGGGGAAGUCAAGAUACAAAGCGCUUAAGUCAUCAAAGGAGUUUGGAUUUCUCAAAAAUAAAAAAUGCAGCAUAUGUUGGAACUGGAACUGAGGGGAGCAAGCAUGAAAAGAUACAGGAAAUUGAAGAAUCAAAGACCAAUACUUCAGAUGAUAAUAUAGAUGAAAAUUCUGGAGGACCAAUUAAUCAGGUAAUGAAAGUUGCAAUCAUUAUAGGGUUUGGAAUACUUGUUCUCCUUACUAGACAGAGAAAAAGAAGUUUUUGCUUCUUUUCUUCUACCCUGGUGUGAAUUCUCUCAAUAUAACUCAAUGUAAUAGUCAUCCUCAACACCUUUUCUGUGUUUGCUGGCACAAUUCAUCAAUUUUGUUAAGGCAUGCUUGAUGGCAUAAUACCGUAGUCUUGGAGCAAUUUUUAUGUGACAAUUGUUUCAAGUUGCAGCAUUUUGUUCCAAAUUAUUCUGCUGCUUAUUUUGUUUUGGUAUGUAAGGGAAUUUCUAAUUAGAAA